AUGCAUCUUUCCAAGUCAAAUAUCCAUGACCCCUCUUACUCUGCAGAUCCGGAAGCUUUAUUUGUCGCGAAUCGUUCUAAUUUAAAGUCAAUCUUUUCUCAGCACAGCCCUCAGGACAACAAAAUAUCUUUUUCAGAGUUUUGCAAAUUUUGCAAGCACACGCAGAUUUUUCCUGUAAUUUUAACCUAGGACCUUAUAUCAAUGCUUGAUAUAAAGCGCGUGGUCACCCGUGUUACACAAUAUCAGAAUUCCCGUAGCUCGCUUACUUAUCAAAAUUUCGAGCAAAGCUUGAAAUAUAUAGCGAUUGCUGCGUAUCAUGGAUUAUCUUUAACAGAAGCGCUUAGAAACCUAUUCCUUAAAAUUGCCAGCUCUAGUAAAGAAAUAUAUAAUGUAAUUAUUAUAAGGCUUUCCAAUAAAUUAGGAAUUAUUUUUAUAAAGAAAUACAUAAAUCAGGGCAAUUGCCUUUAAGAAUGGAGUAUACAUUACAAAAGCAUUCUAGAGGAAAUACACCGUUGUUAUGCGAUACUUCAGGAUUUGAGUUUGAAGAUAAUAGACACAAUAAUAAAGGGUACUUACAUUCGUAUUCACAAAAACAAUUUUUUAAAAAAGAGAUAGUGCGGACUAAUAUUAAUAUAGCCCUUGAUAUUAAUUCUAACUUGCUUCGCACAUAAGCUACUCUCUAAGGGAUUUUAAGUCUACAAGUAGAAUUAGAGUGUCCCAAAAAAUAGUGGCAGGUUAUUCUCAUAAAGUUAUAUCAUAAGAGCCCAUUCCAAAAUAAAAGCUUACAUAAUAAGAAAAAGAAGGCUCUAAGUUAUAAGUGAAAUAAAAAAAAAAAACUCCCAUUAAUUUUGCAGAAAAGCAAAAAAAUUUGGCUCAGUGCUAGCUAUAGUCAGUUAGACUACUAGGCCCAUAUAUACAUAUGGGGUGCAGGUUCAAUGAUCGUAUACUUUUAAUAGCGUCAUUUCAUUGAAGAAAAUUUGGUCGAAAAAUUUUAAAUAGUGUGCCAUUUGUCCGAAAUUUAAUGGUUUUUUUGGUCAAAUGUCCUACUAUCAAAAAUUCUUCGAUCAAAUUUUACCCUAGGAAAUGCUGCACUUUCAAAUAUACACAGUCAUUUGACAUAGUGCCAUACAUAUGGACCUAUUCAGUCUAACUAACUAUAAUGAUAUUCUUUUUUUAAUGAUAAAAAACAUUAUAGAACGCUUUCAGGAGGAACUUAUGUGCUUCAAAGCCCUAGAUUUGGAGGAGGAUCUACCUUAAUUCCAUUAGAAUCGGAUAGAUACUCACAUAGAGAUCUCAGAAGAUCAGUAGAUUUGAAGCCCGAUCUUAAAAAGAAAAAUAUUGAAAAACUGUUCUUUAAGUUCAGAGAAGAUUUUAACUUUCCCCGAAUAAAAAAUAUCUUUGUUAAUUUUUUUAAAAAAUUUAUAUAUAAAUUUUAUAGUAAAUUUGUCUUCGAAAUUUAAAAAAAUUCAAUUUGCAAAAUUGGAAAGUAAAAAAUUAAUUAAAUUGCAAAAUUUAUGUUUUAAAAUAUUAAUUAUAACAAAAAUAUGAAAAAUAGUUUUUUAUAAAUUUGUAUAUAAAAUAAAUUUUUUUGCUCGUAGUUUUUUACUGAAAAAAUACUGAUUUUCCAAUGUUUUUUGUUCGUUCAUGAGAGGGGAGGGAGGGAAAUAGGCCCAGAAAACCGAUCCCACUGACCCGCCCUUAUGGGAGAGUUUUAUUAAAAAUGGCAGAAUCUAGCCUAAGUCUUCCUCGGUCAUUGCCCAAAGUACCGGCCUAGCUUUGGCUGACAUAAUGGUUCAGUCCAGUCUCGCUCACGGAGAGGGAGUAAGAAAAAUGAAAAUUUAAAGCCAAAAGCUAGCAAAGAGCCGUGCUUGACUUCUUUGAGAAAACAUAGAAAUUAUAUAACAAAAGUUAGAAGUAAUGGGUUUACAGGAAAUAUGGUGAUGAGAAUGAUUUUCUCAGCUUGGAAAGGACUAGCUAGCAGUAAACACCAAACUAAUUAG